ACAAAUAUUAUUCUCGCUGGUCACCCUUCUUCUUGCUAGAGUUGACGCUGUGCAGCAGAGUUCAUGCGUUACGCGUGGCUUUCAUGAUGCUACGCCAUACCUUCCAUGCUUGAGGAAGCUGUGGUUUCUCUGCUUACCCGAACAUCCGGCUGUCCCGCUUGAAUUCCGAAGAAAAACUCACCGAGAAACCGAAACCGAAGGGAUUAAAGCUGGUGUGAGUCCGUUCUGAACUAGUGGUGUGGUCUAUCGGUCCACAGAAGUAGCGCCUUUCCCCAUGAUUUUAUAACUAGUGUGUAUUUCACUCUGCUUUCCUAUAUUGAGCUACAAGCUUCUAUUUGGCCCAGAUUUAACUAUUGUGUGGCGAGUGUUGUUGAGCUGCGUCAUUGCAUGUGAAUUAUCCUGCAAACGAGUCUUGAUAGGCGCAAAGCUUGGAAUACUUGUCUUGGAGGUGUAUUUGUGAGGGGAAAUGGCCUACCAACGAAGGGGUCCCGAUCAGCAACCGCGGAUCACGCGGACGCAGACUGCGGGAAACCUGGGGGAGUCGAUGAUGGACAGUGAAGUAGUUCCAUCAUCUCUGGUUGAAAUUGCCCCAAUUCUACGUGUUGCUAAUGAGGUCGAGCCCAGCAAUCCAAGGGUUGCUUACUUAUGUAGGUUCUAUGCUUUUGAGAAAGCUCAUGGGUUGGAUCCAACAUCGAGUGGGCGUGGAGUUCGCCAAUUUAAAACUGCCCUUCUUCAGAGGCUGGAACGGGAAAAUGAAUCAACUUUAGCAGGAAGGACAAAACGUGAUGCUCGUGAAAUGCAGAGCUUUUAUCAACAUUACUACAGGAAGUAUAUUCAAGCUCUACAGAAUGCAGCUGAUAAAGCUGAUCGUGUGAGGCUUACAAAGGCAUACCAAACUGCUGCUGUGCUUUUUGAGGUCUUGAAGGCUGUAAAUCUGACGGAAUCUGUUGAAGUGGCUGAUGAGAUUUUGGAAGUUCAAGCAGAGGUGGCUGAAAAGACAGAGACACUGGUGCACUAUAAUAUACUUCCACUUGAUCCUGAUAGUUCAAACCAAGCAAUUAUGAGAUACCCUGAGAUUCAAGCAUCUGUGGCUUCUCUACGUAAUACAAGGGGUCUACCAUGGCCAAAGGGCCAUAAGAAGAAAGUAGACGAAGAUAUUCUGGAUUGGCUUCAAGCUAUGUUUGGUUUUCAGAAGGAUAAUGUUGCAAAUCAAAGAGAGCACCUGAUUCUUUUGCUGGCAAAUGUGCAUAUUAGGCAGUUUCCAAAGCCUGAUCAUCAACAGCCUAAGUUAGAUGAUCGUGCACUUACAGAAGUCAUGAAGAAGCUAUUUAAGAACUACAAAAGAUGGUGUGAAUACCUUAAUCGCAAAAGUAGUCUCUGGUUGCCAACAAUUCAACAAGAAGUGCAGCAAAGGAAGUUGCUGUACAUGGGUCUAUACCUUCUUAUUUGGGGGGAAGCUGCAAAUUUAAGAUUCAUGCCAGAAUGUUUAUGCUAUAUUUAUCAUUAUAUGGCAUUUGAACUGCAUGGUAUGCUGGCAGGAACUGUUAGCUCUGUCACUGGUGAGACUGUGAAACCUGUCUAUGGGGGUGAAGAUGAGGCUUUUUUGAGGAAAGUGAUCACUCCUAUCUAUAACACAAUAGCGAAGGAAGCUAAGAAAAGCGGGCAAGGAAAAUCAAAGCAUUCACAGUGGAGGAAUUAUGAUGAUUUGAAUGAGUACUUUUGGUCGGAGAAUUGCUUCAGAUUAGGCUGGCCAAUGCGUCUUGAUUCUGAUUUCUUCAGCCUUCCUAUUGAAAAAUUACGAGAUCAGGUAGCCGAACCAGUUAAGAGAAGAUGGAUGGGCAAAAUGAACUUCGUUGAGAUACGCUCAUUUUGGAACAUUUUUAGAAGUUUUGAUAGAAUGUGGGGCUUCUUCAUUCUUUCUUUGCAGGCAAUGAUUAUUGUUGCAUGGAAUGGAUCUGGUGCACCAAGCUCUAUAUUUGAGGGAGAAGUGUUCAAGAAAGUGUUGAGCAUUUUUAUAACAGCUUCAGCAUUAAAACUAGCUCAAGCUAUCAUUGAUGUAGUCAUGAGUUGGAAAGCAAGGCAAAGCAUGCCAAUCUAUGUCAAGCUAAGAUACAUUCUAAAGGCUGUCUCUGCAGCUGCAUGGGUCAUAAUCUUGCCAGUAACUUAUGCAUAUAGUUGGAAAAAUCCUCCUUCAUUUGCACAAACAAUUAAAAGUUGGUUUGGCAAUAGUCGAAGUUCGCCUUCUUUGUUCUUCAUAGCAAUUCUGUGUUACUUAUCCCCAAACAUGCUGUCAGCAUUGCUGUUUCUAUUCCCUUUUUUGAGACGUAACCUUGAGAGAUCAGAGUUUAAGAUUGCUAGGCUUGUGAUGUGGUGGUCCCAGCCUCGGCUUUAUGUUGGAAGGGGAAUGCAUGAUGACACUUUUUCUCUUUUCAAAUACACAAUGUUCUGGGUUCUUCUCAUGGCAUCAAAGUUGGCAUUCAGUUACUUUGUUGAGAUAAGGCCUCUUGUACGUCCAACAAAACAAAUCAUGAUGGUUCCGAUACAUAGGUACCAGUGGCAUGAGUUCUUCCCUCAUGCAAACAAAAACAUCGGGGUUGUGAUUGCACUAUGGACUCCUAUUGUUCUUGUCUACUUCAUGGAUACACAAAUUUGGUAUGCGAUUUUCUCUACAAUAUUUGGAGGUAUAUAUGGCGCAUUUCGCCGUCUAGGAGAGAUCCGAACAUUAGGAAUGCUUCGGUUUCGGUUUCAAUCACUACCAGCAGCUUUUAAUGCCCGAUUGAUUCCAAAGGAAAAUAAAGAAAAUGCAAAAAAGGGACUAAAGGCAACAUUAUCUCGAAAGUUUGAUAAGGAAACUAGCAUCGGUACGAAUGAAGCUGCAAGAUUUGCUCAGUUGUGGAACAAGAUAAUUGAGAGCUUUAGAGAUGAGGAUCUGAUAAAUAAUAGAGAAAUGAAUCUAUUGCUUGUGCCCUACUCAGCAGACAGGGACUUGGAAGACCUAGUUCAAUGGCCUCCAUUUUUACUAGCAAGCAAGCUUCCCAUUGCAGUGGAUAUGGCUGAAAAUAGCAAUCGAAGAGAUCACGAGCUGAUGAAAAGAUUAAAUGAUGAUGCCUACAUGCGCAGUGCAAUUCGCGAGUGCUAUGCUUCAUGUAAAAGCAUCAUUAAUAAUUUAGUUUUAGGCGAAAAGGAAAAAAAUGUCAUGAGUGAAAUUUUCUCCAAAGUUGAUCAUCAUAUUGAGCAAGGUGACUUGAUAAAAGAAUUCAACAUGAGUGGUCUUCCUAUCCUCUACAGGAAGUUCGUGGAGCUUAUUAAAAUUUUGCAAGAAAAUGACCAGAAGAAGAAGGAUCAGCUAGUUAUUGUUUUGCUCGAUAUGUUAGAAAUUGUAACCCGAGAUAUAAUGGAAGAUAGUGUUCCAAGCUUAAUGGAAUCCAGCCAUGGUGGUUUUGGGCAUGAAGAACUGACCUCUAUAAGUCAACAUAACCAGUUCUUUCGCAUCCUAAAGUUCCCUAUUACUGAGGAUACUGAGGCAUGGAAGGAAAAAAUUGGCAGGCUUCAUUUAUUGCUAACAGUAAAGGAGUCGGCUAUGGAUGUUCCGACCAACUUGGAAGCUAGAAGGCGCAUUUCAUUCUUCUCAAAUUCGUUGUUUAUGGACAUGCCCCGAGCUCCUAAAGUUCGCAAUAUGCUUUCUUUCUCUGUGUUGACUCCUUACUAUAACGAGGAGGUUCUUUUCACUAUGGACUCGCUGCAAAAGCCAAAUGAAGAUGGUGUUUCUAUACUCUUUUAUUUGCAAAAGAUAUACCCUGAUGAGUGGCAGAACUUCCUUGAGCGGGUUGACUGUGGCAGUGAAGAAGAAGACCUAAUGGGCAAUGCAAAGUCGGAAGAAGAGCUUCGUCUAUGGGCAUCAUACAGAGGCCAGACAUUGACAAGAACUGUUCGAGGUAUGAUGUACUAUCGUCAAGCAUUUGAACUUCAAGCAUUUCUCGACAUGGCAAAAGACGAAGUGUUAAUGAAAGGCUAUAAGGCUGCUGAGUCUAAUAAUGACGAACAGAUACGAAACGAAAGAUCUUUAAUGCCCCAAUGUCAAGCAGUUUCAGACAUGAAAUUCACUUAUGUUGUUUCAUGCCAACAAUAUGGCAUUCAGAAAAGAAAUGAACGUGAUAAAGCUCAAGAUAUUUUGAGACUUAUGAUAAAGUACCCAUCACUUCGUGUUGCUUAUAUUGAUGAGGUGGAAGUCACAAGUGCAGAUAAGUCCAAAAGGACUGGUGAUAAGAUUUAUUAUUCGACUCUAGUGAAAGCUGUGCCAAAAUCUGUUGAUUCAUCUGAACCAGAUCAAAAGCUAGAUCAGGUCAUUUAUCGUAUCAAACUUCCUGGACCUGCUUUAUUGGGUGAAGGCAAGCCAGAAAACCAAAACCAUGCAAUAAUCUUUACUCGUGGUGAAGGAUUACAAACGAUUGAUAUGAACCAGGACAACUACAUGGAGGAAGCAUUCAAAAUGAGAAAUUUAUUGCAAGAGUUUCUUAAGAAGCAUGGAGUGAGGAAUCCAACCAUUCUGGGGCUGAGGGAGCAUAUAUUCACUGGCAGUGUCUCUUCUCUUGCAUGGUUCAUGUCAAAUCAAGAGAAUAGUUUUGUCACAAUCGGACAAAGAUUACUGGCCAACCCUUUGAAGGUUCGUUUUCACUACGGUCAUCCGGACGUAUUUGACAGAUUGUUUCACCUAACAAGAGGCGGUGUCAGUAAGGCAUCCAAAGUGAUCAACCUAAGUGAAGACAUUUUUGCAGGUUUCAAUUCUACACUACGUGGGGGAAAUGUUACACACCAUGAGUAUAUACAAGUGGGUAAAGGAAGGGAUGUGGGACUCAACCAAAUUUCAAUGUUUGAGGCAAAGAUAGCCUGUGGAAAUGGAGAGCAGACAAUUAGUCGUGAUGUUUAUAGACUUGGACAUCGCUUCGAUUUUUUCCGCAUGAUGUCAUGUUACUUCACCACCAUUGGAUUCUAUUUUAGUACUAUGUUAACUGUUCUCAUGGUAUACAUAUUUCUGUAUGGUCGCCUCUAUCUUGUUCUAAGUGGACUUGAGAAUGAAUUGAGUAGCCAGCCGGCAAUACGGAACAAUAAACCUCUUCAAGUUGCGCUUGCUUCCCAGUCUUUUGUCCAAAUUGGUCUUUUAAUGGCAUUACCAAUGAUGAUGGAGAUAGGUCUCGAAAGGGGUUUCCGCACCGCCUUAACCGAUUUUGUACUCAUGCAGCUUCAACUCGCCCCUUUAUUCUUCACGUUCUCCCUGGGGACAAGAACCCAUUAUUUUGGAAGAACACUGCUUCAUGGGGGCGCUGAAUACAAAGGCACUGGUCGCGGGUUUGUCGUGUUUCACGCCAAGUUCGCCGAUAACUACAGAAUGUACUCACGAAGCCAUUUCGUGAAGGGAAUUGAGUUGAUGACUCUGCUUCUUGUGUACCACAUAUUUGGCUCAUCAUAUAGAGACGUGGUUGCUUAUGUACUAAUAACCGUAUCGAUAUGGUUUCUGGUGGGGACAUGGCUGUUUGCUCCAUUUCUUUUCAAUCCUUCCGGCUUUGAGUGGCAAAAGAUUGUUGAUGACUGGAUGGAUUGGAACAAGUGGAUUCACAAUCACGGUGGCAUUGGGGUCCCACCAGCAAAGAGCUGGGAAUCUUGGUGGGAGAAAGAACAAUUGCAUCUCCAGCAUUCCGGGAAGCGGGGCAUCAUUAUUGAGAUAUUGCUAUCGCUCCGGUUUUUUAUAUAUCAGUAUGGGCUUGUGUAUCACCUGACCAUCACCAAGAGAUAUAAGAGUAUAUUGGUUUAUGGUGUUUCGUGGCUGGUAAUUUUCUUUAUACUAGCAGUAGUGAAGAUUGUGUCCGUGGGGAGGAGGAGAUUUAGUGCUGAAUUCCAGCUUCUUUUUCGGUUGAUCAAGGGUUUCAUAUUCAUAUCAUUCAUGUCUGUUUUGAUCACGCUAAUAGUGGUUCUCCACAUGACAUUCCGGGACAUCAUUGUCUGCAUCAUCGCCUUCAUGCCAACCGGAUGGGGUUUGCUCAUGAUAGCGCAAGCGUUGAAACCAUGGGUAGAACGUGCUGGGAUUUGGGGGUCGGUUAGGACGCUUGGGCGCGGUUAUGAACUGACAAUGGGAUUGCUUUUGUUCACCCCGGUUGCAUUCCUGGCUUGGUUCCCGUUUGUAUCAGAAUUCCAGACGCGGAUGUUGUUUAACCAAGCAUUCAGCAGAGGUCUGCAGAUCUCUCGGAUUCUUGGUGGUCCCAAGAAGGAGAAAGAUACCUCCUCCAAAAAUGCAAAAGACUAAACCGCGCCCCUUGAAUUAUUACUGCUCAUGUACCACCAUUGUAUAUGUAUGAUAUGAUAUGUAAAAAUGUAACCGUACUUCAGUUUUGGGUAGCUAAUAGCCUAAAAGUUUAGGGCUUAUUUCAGUCUUGUUUCAGGGUUUUAACAAGUACUACCCUCAAUGCGUAAAUCCCAUAUUUCUUUUCUGGGGCAUUCCAUGUUAAAUGCCCCAAGCCUGAAUAGUAUUUCUUUCUGAAUUUGAUAAAGAAUAUCUUAUGACUUUAUUCUACUACCUUCAGCUAAUACCAGUAACAACAAUGCAGUAA